UAUGGCGUCGAAAGCGUUUAUGGCGGCGUGCGUAUUGUAAUAAUUUGCUGUCUUUUAAUGUAAUAAAUAAAACUGUUAGAGGUUGUUUAUCAUUAUUAUCACACCGUAAAAACAAAGAAGAUAAAAUGCGUCGAAAAAGCGAAAAAGCUCCUGUAAAAAAAACUAAGGGUUCGCCUGAAAAGAAAGAAAAAGAAAAAACAGUUAAAUUGAAGCGAACAAGAAGUAGUCGGCGUAGAAAGCAAUCUUCAUCAUCUGAAAAUGAAUCUGACGAAGAGUCGGUUCCACAACAAGAAACUGAAGUUAUUAGUAGUGAACCUGUACCAGUACAGGGUAUACCGGUAGAAGAGAGUCCAGAGAUGUCGCAAGAUCAAGUUUGGCAUGUUAAAACACCAGAAAAUACAGGUGAUGGUGGUAAACUUAAGAUUUGUCUUACACGUCCACCAUCUACUCCUGAAAGGGUGGAUAGAUCACCGCGCAGCAAAAGAAAGCAUUCACGUGCCACUAGUACCAGUGACACUGCAAUUGUAGAUGGAGAUGAAAAGAAAAAACUAAAACAUAGAACAAGGAGGACCACGGUGGAGACAAAAGAUAUUUCAGAUAGAAACAGCACUGAACAAGAUGAUAGUAUGGAAAAAGAAGCUGAGACUGAAGUAUCAUAUAAACCUGAGUCUGAUAUUAAAGAUGAUUUCAAGGAGUCUAUUCCAGAUGAUACACCUAUGUCAACAACUUCUGAUGAUGAUUUAAAACAAAUUGACAAAGCUGAAGUAGUUGAGGAUGCAGUAAGUAAAUCUGAGACUGGCACAGCUAUCAUUAAAUCAUUGGAGGGUGAUCUAAUUGAUAAAACAUCUGAUGCUGAUACUACUGUUAAAACUCCUCUAAGGAAUGAGGAUGAAAGUUCAACACAGACCACACUAAGUCCAUUGCCAGAUAAUUCUUGUUCUGCAAGAAAAGAAGAAAGGAGUGUGUCAGUUGAAAAAUCAGAAGUACUAGAAUUACAUGUAGAAGAUGAAAGCAUGAAAUUGGAAACUUCAAAUUGUAAUAAAGCCCAGGCAGAAGAUUCUAUGGAGGUUAAGGAUCCAACUGAGGUUGCAGUGUCUGAAGAAGACUCUAAACAGGUAAGUAUAAAUGAAGAUAAAAAUGAAAUUUCAGGGAUAAGUGAGUCAGUAGAUGGUGAAGCAACUUCUCUUACUAAAAAUGAUGUUGUAGAGGAUAGUAUUCAACCAGUAGAAGCGGAGCAAAGAAAAUCAAGUGUUGAAAAGAACAUCACUGCAGAGGAGAUUGAACAAUCAAAUAAAGAUGCAAUCAAUACUUGUACAAAAUCUAAUAAAGAUAUUUCUACUGAAUCAAGUAUAGGUUCAGAAGUUAAAAAUACAGUAACUGAGGUAUCAAAUGAAAAUUCAACAGGUAUUGUUAUCAGUCGCAAAAGAAGAUGGGGCUCUAGGCCCAAUAAGUUAACAACACAAAAGUCAAUUACUAUUUCAACUGAAGUAUUGAAGGAAAUAAUACCUGAUGUGAAACCUGUUGAGUUUGAAGAAGUUAUUGAAGAAAAAAAACACAAACGGGUUGAAGUUCCAAACAAAGUAGAAAAGCCUGUCUUACCUAAAAUAAUUAUUGAUAACUCUGAAAAUGUCGCAUUGAAUAAGAGAGAAAGUCUGGAUAAGGAUACAGAAAAUGUUAAGUGUCGAGACAUACAACCUACAACUGUUAGAAAGAUAUCAAUUGUAAAUGACAGUGAUAACAUUACUGCAAGACCUCCAAGCCCACCGAGGCACAAGCAGUCUAAUAUAUUGUUUAUAACACACUUGGUUCGGCCAUUCACACUCCUGCAACUAAAGAAUUUACUACAGAGGACAGGAAGAAUAAUUGACAAUGGAUUUUGGAUUGAUAAAAUAAAAUCAAAAUGUUUUGUUAUUUAUGAGAAUGAAGACCAAGCUGUGGAAACUAGACAUGCUUUACAUGGAGUAACUUGGCCAGUUUCAAAUCCUAAAACAUUGCAUGUUGAUUUCUCAACACAAGAAGAAUUUGACAAAGCAAAAGCAAAUGAAGAUACAGACAAUGCAAAAGUGCAAACCAUACCAGGAACAGUAGAGGAUUGGUUAAGGGAACAAGACAUGAAAAGAGAAAAAGGUGAACUGGAAAGGCCAUGGGAGAGAAAGAUGGCUAUGAGAGAAUGGGAUGUGGGCAAAAAUGACAAAGUUAAAGAAAAAGAUAAGUACCCAAAGGAUGAACGGACCCCCGAAAAAAGAAGACACCGAACACCUGAAAGGAGUCCUGAACCUGCAAGAAAAUUCAAAAAGAAGGAAGAGGAGGCGCCUGCUAAACUUCUGGAUGAUUUAUUUAGAAAGACAAAAACUACUCCUUGCAUAUAUUGGUUACCGCUAUCUGCCGAAACGGUAAAUAAAUUGUCAAAUUGCAGUAAAAGAAGAACAGCGACGUCAGCACAUGGCGGAGUAUGAGCGGCGCAUGCAGGAGAACCGUCGACCACACCGCAGACAUUAGCAUGGUCCGUCCCACAUACACUUAACAUAAUAACAUAACAUAAUACUUUACAUGUAUCACAUAACACAACAUAACACGCUCACAUUUCAAAUUUAUUCUAGUUUGUCGUUUCACAUUUUUUUUUCAGGUUAUAUAAAUAGUUAUUGUCUCAAAGACACUUUUGUAUUAGAUUUUGUAAAAAUAAUAGGUUGAAUGAAGAAGUACGAGAUAAUGGAGCUGAAUAAUUGAAUUUAUUUUAACGAAAUGUUAUAGAAAAGGCACUUGGAGGAAAUCCUAUGAUUUAAUCUGGAGCGGUCGCUAGAUCGAGAAGGUACGACGACUUUCUGGAAACGGGCGAGGAGUCCAGAAGAAAUGCCAUGUUGGUGACGAUUCGAUGUCGCCGUAAUGUGUUGUUUCAUUCUGCAGCUAUGUGAAAAAGCCGAGACUACAGACCGCGUGGGUUCUUGGAGUUUUGGAGUCUUACUUCUAAACGUGACAUACGUAGAGAUUUUAAUAAAUCAUGGAAUUACAUUGUUGGAUGGAGGUGACUUGUCGACGACUUGUAACGAAAUAGUUUCGUUAUUGAUGUAAAAAUAUUUCAAACAUAUUGGAGGGUGUUUUUGGUGAAAAACAGCUGUUCAUACAAUGUUUAUUGUAGGAAGAAGUUAAUUUGUGCGGACAUAUUUUCUCGUAUUAUGUAACAUUUGAGUUAAAUAAAUAUUAUUAGAGUAAUAA